GAGAGUAUAGAAUGUUUUCCGUAUUUGGCUUUCCUGUGAGGAGGUAGACAGACACGUACGUUCAAAAAACACAGUUGUAUAUCUGUUUAAUUUACAAUUUGCUUAGGUUGGAUGCAAAACUUCUAAGAAAGUAAGGCAAAAACGGCAAUACUACAGGCCAUAGUGAGAAGUUACCGAUUUUAUGUCAUCACAUUAAAGAGCAUGAUUAUACACGCAAAAGUUGCGCUGCUUUCAAUUUUCUCUUGUGCGUUAUGGAGUCCGCUAUAUUGGAUAUGGGAAGGCGAUAUUGAAAAUAUCUACAUUAUCGUUGGGUGGAUUUUGACCACUGUAGUUUCCCAUCUGUGGCUUGCAGCUAAAAUCAUAAACAUGCGAAUGUUUUCGGUUGCAUGGAGAUCCUACAUGCUGACUGCAUUUUUUAUGAUGGGUUUCAGCAUUGCAUACUUUGCAUCUACAUUAUAUUUAUCAUUUGGCCUAUACAUUUGUGUUCUGUCAACAUUUCAUAUGGGUGAAUACUUAGCCACUGCCCUGUUUAAUCCAACAAGUAUAUCUCUCUCUUCCUUCAUCUUAAACCACAGUCUAGAGUUUAAUGUUGCCAUGAUUUUAAGUGUGGUGGAGCAUUGGACAUUACUGUACUUCUUUCCAGGUAUAAAGACCAUUCAGUGGCUAAUAUGGACUGGUUUUACGCUGUGUUUAUCUGGAGACUUGUUUAGAAAAAUUUCAAUGUACACAGCAGGAAAGAGCUUUACUCAUCUUGUUCAAUAUUAUAAGCGAGAUUCUCAUAAACUCAUAGUAAAUGGAGUGUAUUCACUUUUCCGUCAUCCAUCAUAUACUGGUUGGUUCUGUUGGAGCGUCGCAACACAGGUGCUAUUACUUAAUCCAAUUUGUUUAAUUGGAUACACCGUUGCUAGCUGGAAGUUUUUUCAGGAGAGGAUUUAUUAUGAAGAAAUCACACUGCUUAAUUUCUUUGGGCAACAAUAUUUGGAUUACAAAAGGAGAGUUCCCAGUGGUAUACCUUUUGUUUGUGGGUAUAGUUUAACCCAGAGUUGACACCACAGCCUAAACACUCAGGUUCUGAAACCAAGAUUCAAUCCAAUACUUCUCCUUAGUUAAACGUUGUUUUAGUUCUUAUGAAAUAUUUUUUUGUAUAUGAAAGGUCCCAUUCCAUUUCCUACUUUGGUGCAUAACGAUUUUUAUUCAAGAAAUUAUAUGUGAUUUAUACAAAUCAA